CCAAUAAUCUCGCAGUACUUGCUUUGGAAUGCUAUCUUUAUAUUUAUUUGUAUUAAUGUGUUUGGCGGGCGAAAGUGUUACUUUUGUUUAAAAUGACUUGGCAUUCUCUUAGGCAAUAUGAGUAUUUGUAAAAUCAAACAACAAAUCCUUUUAAUUGAUUGUGGGCGCGUUUGGCUAUAAUCAUCAACGCCGUACAGAAAUUUCAACGCAUGCGCCCAGGGCACAGGACAAAGGACGACUGAUACAUCGGCAUAGACAAAUUCUCGAUGGCCAUCUGACAGGGGUAAUGGAGCCGUAAUUCGUGCCGUUUUCUAUUCAGUGCUUGACGUUAUUUCGCAGCGAUUUGGCGAACUUGUCUCAAAUCGGUUAUCUGACUAUUAAGUUUGUAGUAAAUUCCUCGAAACCAACAAACGUGUCAUCGGGGUGUGCAUGUUUGCAACGGAAAUCCAACAGAGCGUAAAGUGAAUUGUAAAAAAAGAGAAAAAAGAAAAUGUAAGGAAAUGUAAUUGACAGAAAAUUGUGCUGAAUUUAAUUUGAACUUUUACAUUAAAAAUUAUUAAGAGUAUACGCAGUAUACCUUUCAGUCAAGUUAAAAUAAAUACAAAAUAUUUAAUAUGAAAACUCGACUCGUUACGCUGACGUAUCGCGGCAGUGCGUCCGUAGAUCCGCGUUAUUCGGCAUCCAUGCUGCCAUGGACCAUCAACGAUAUUCGAUCAACAGAUAGCCACACCAAGCUUUCAGUUGGUAUUGAGCAUGGCAUACUGGAAGCGUAUAACUCGGACUUUGAGCUACAAUUUGGCCAUCCAUUAAAGCAUAUCGUUGGCAUGUGUCGCGUCAUUCACAAGCCGCAGGCGAAAAACAUCGGCAAUUGUUUCGUUCAGCUUAAAUCGAACGUUGUCCAGGCCGCAGCUGGCAAUGGUGGAACUUCUGGCGCAACCUCAACUUUCACAUCUGGAAGCGUGUCAGCUGUUGUUGCAGGCUCAUUGGCCGAAAAUGGUUCGCGUACAUCGUUAACCACAUCAACUUCCUACGGCUCGCUCUCGUCCAGCACUGCGGCCGUUUAUCAGAUGCAGCAACAGCAGCAGCUGCAAGCUGCAGAUGCUGAGCAGCAGAACUUUAUGGAAUUCCAAGGACCCAUCACCGGGCUGGUCUACUUAUUAAAGGAUCCCAAAGAUCCGUUACUGCACAUCUAUUUAUUCGAAUGCGACACUGUUGAAGAGAUGGCGGAGCUGAUGCAUCAGAUGCGUGAUCCGGCGCACACGCUCGGUGGAUCAGUGGGCAGCAUACCCCAAACGUUGAUUGCUGCAGCUGGUGGCAGCACCCAUGGUUCACUGAAUGGCAUACAUGCCACGCCGGCGACAAAUUUAAAGAUGAGCGAAGCGCUGCGCAAUACCCAACAUGAUGCUAGUCCUAAUCUAGCUAGCUCCCAUAUGAAAUCAUCAAAAUCUUAUACUCAUGGGCUAAGCAACUCAUCGGGUACUGUAAACAUUCCUACGUCCACGUCGGCACAAAGCAAUCUAUCGCUGCUGGCAGAUAUUUCACCAAAUCACACGCACUUUUUUGAGGUUAUGUAUGUAGGCAAGAUACGCGUCUCGCAAAAACGCGUGCCCGACAACUUCAUUGAUGACGCUCUGCCCAAAUUCAAAGCCUAUGAUGCGCAACGCUUGCGUAUAAUGCAAAAUCGCAAGAUGUCCUUGAAUAGCGAAGGUGGCAUUGGCAUUGAGGCCAAGAGUGGAGGAGGUACAGUAAAAAGGCAUGAGCUUAAGGAGGAGGACGAGGAGGAGCUAGAAGAACCGCCAAAACCACAGUUGGAACUUCAAAUAACGGGCGUUGAAGUUGAUGCCACACCACAACCAUUGGAUUCCAUCUCCAGCAAUAAGGAGAACAAAUCGCCUGCGAAACGUACCUUGCAGCGCGGUCAAAGUCAAGUGGAGUUGGGCCAAAAACAUGCCAGGACGGUAAAGGAUUCUAAUCAGCCACACGAAGCGACCAAUGAUAUUUUAAAUAAACAACCCACGCAACCUAAGGAACAGGAUGAGAUUUCCGCCUUAGCAGCAGGGGCAACUGCAGGUGGCUCUAAUCAGUUACAUCCACACUAUGCGUUGGAGAACAUGCCCAAGAUGAGAGAUCGUUCUGCUUCGCAGGGCUGUAUACCACCCUAUUCAGAGCAGAAUCGUACGAUGGUCUUUUUGGUUGGGCGCAGCGACUUGAGACUCAUCUCGCCGGAUCGCAAGCAGAUGCUGCUCUAUAAGGAUUUCAAGGAUGUGGUAGGCUGUGUGCACGGUCAGAAAUCACUCGAUCACUUCGGCGUCAUCUGCCGUGAGCUGAACAGCGAGAGCUACAUUGGUUACGUUUUUAAGUGCCAGUCAGAGCACGUAUGUGAUGACAUCGUGGCGGCCAUUGCCCAAGCUUUCGAUACCUGCGCCGAACAGAAGAAGAAGCAUGAGACACAGAUCUUCAGUUGCGAGCAUUGUCCGAUGCUCUGGUAUCAUAAGCUCUGCACCGAUGUGGAGGGUCUAUCCGAAAAGAAAACGCAGACUGCAAUCUGGCGUCACAUUGCCACGCUGAGUGCGGAUGAGUACGAUAUGGUGUGCGCCAAGUACUAUGGUUCCGAGAAGACCAACUGCGCUAUAUCUGAACAAAAUCAGUUUCUCAUGAUGCUGUUGCGCGCGCACUGCGAGUCGCGACAGCAACGACAUGUGCACGAUACUGCCGAGAAUCGAUCUGAAUUUCUCAAUCAGUAUUUGGGCGGCAGCACCAUCUUCAUGAAGGCAAAACGCUCGUUAACAAACUCAUUUGAUAACCUACUCAAACGAAAGCCCUCCAAGGACGACAUUUCCAUCCCAUCACACAAUCUGCAUGAAAUACGGGAAGGAUCUGCAGAGCCACUGGGCACUGAAUCCUCGCUCUCGAGCUUUCGUUCACGCGCGAGUACUGUGGGCGCCAGUCCCAGCAAUAAACCCAGCGCUGAUCAGCUGAAAAGCCCCAUGAUGGACAUCUUUAUGAAAGUGGGAAACAGUCCGAAGGAGGCUGAGACACAUCAAGGUUCAUGGCGGCAGGCCAUACUCAAUAGCGUAGUUACUCCAUCCAAGACAUUGGACAGUGAAGCGCCCACCGAAUUUCUGUCGCCCAUGCGCAAACCUGUCAAUCGUGGCAAGCGCGAGGCGGCCGAGCUGCGAGAGCUGUGGCGCACGGCUAUUAGACAAACCAUUAUGUUGAAUCGCAUGGAGACGGAGAAUGCCAUGCUACAGGCGCGUCAGAAUGAGAACGAGCUAAAACGCAUCAAGCUGGACUACGAGGAGAUUGUGCCAAUCGACAAGCAACUGAUCGAACGCUGGGAGCAAAUCAUUGAACGCAACUCCAUGCAAAUUGGCAACAAGAAAGAUCCUAAAGUGCUGCGUCAUGCCAUACGUACUGGAGUACCGCGCUCCAAGCGCGGAGAUGUUUGGACCUUUCUGGCCGAGCAGUAUUCAAUGAACACAGCGCCGGUGGACACGAAAAAAUUUCCCAACUACAACACACCGUAUCAUACGCUGCUCAAGCAAUUGACCGAGCAUCAGCAUGCGAUAUUCAUUGAUCUCGGACGCACUUUUCCCAAUCAUCAGUUCUACAAGGAUCCACUUGGGCUUGGUCAAUUGUCGCUGUUCAAUCUGCUUAAAGCCUACUCCAUACUCGAUCCAGAGCUGGGCUACUGCCAAGGUCUGGGCUUUAUUUGUGGAGUGCUUUUGCUACAUUGCGAUGAAGCCAGCGCGUUUCAGUUACUAAAGCAUCUCAUGUUCUGUCGCAACAUGCGCACUAAAUAUCUGCCGGAUAUGAAAAAGUUCCAGUUGCAGCUGUAUCAGCUCUCUCGCCUGGUCAAGGACCAUCUGCCCGAUCUGUAUAUGUGGCUGGAUCAGAACGAUGUCUCGCCUACUUUAUAUGCAGCACCGUGGAUCCUUACCGUAUUCAGUUCACAGUUUCCAUUGGGCUUUGUAGCGCGUGUUUUUGAUUUGGUUUUUCUUGAGUCCUCUGAUGUAAUUUUUAAGUUUGCUAUUGCGUUACUCUCAGUGCAUAACCAACAGCUUCUGGCACGCAAUAACUUCGAGGAGAUAAUGGACUAUUUGAAAUCGAUAGUGCCCAAAAUUGAGUUGAACUGCAUGGAGAAAAUCAUGAAGCUGGUUUUUUCACUGGACAUUGGCAAACAACUGGCCGAGUACAAUGUGGAAUACAAUGUGUUGCAAGAGGAAAUAACUACGACAAACCAUCAUCUGGAAAUGUUGAACAGAGAGAAGUCACACAAUACACAUCUUGAGCAACAGCUGCAGUUUGCUCAAUCUUCUAUUGCACAGUUGGAGAUGACACGGUCAUCACAGCAAACACAAAUAUCGACAUUACAAGUACAGGUACAGUCUCUGGAACUGACAAUACAAACCCUCGGUCGAUAUAUUGGACAACUAGUCGAUUACAAUCCUGACUUGGAACUGCCCAACGAUGUGAGACGAAUGCUGCAACAAUUGGAUGAUCUGGAGCGACAACGACGCAAGCCCAUCUUUGCCGAGCGUAAAAUUGGAAAAUCCGUUUCGGUUAACAGUCACUUGGGGUUUCCACUAAAGGUGCUCGAAGAGCUGAGCGAAAAAGACGAACAUGGUUCGCCACAAAAGCAGAAGAAGGAGAAGACACCUUUUUUUGAGCAACUUCGCCACCAGCAACAGCAACUGCAACAACUGCGCAAUACCCACACCAAUGGCCAUCCCGAGAUCCAUCCUAACUCUGUUUCGCCGACACCACCAACACGUCCCAAUCGUCUUUUGGACAAUACUAGCGCAAGAACCGUAAUGCAAACGAAACUAGAUGAGUUAAAGCUGCCGGAGCAAGUCGAUAAGUUUGUUGCUAAUAUAAAAAGCCCAUUAGAGGUGGACUCGGGCGUUGGCACACCACUGAGUCCGCCUAGUACCUCAAGUAGUAACAGCAGCGGCGGCAGCAUAUUUAGUCGUAUGGGCUACAAAACAACACCCACAGUGCUUUCGCCGCUAGCCACGCGGCAGAGCUAUGGUGGUGCCUCCAUUGCAAUAACUACAGCUCCAACGGUGGCACCACUAGAACAAAUCUUAACCACAAGUGUUGCCAUGGGUCUACCGGAACCUGAGCCGGGAAUGCAUCCACUUAGUAUGGUGGGCGGCGAUGUUAAUGUUCGCUUCAAGGGCACAACACAGCUCAAGUCCAUACGGCCCGUACACCAUAUGCGUGCCAUUACUUUGGCUGGCGUGCCACCGAGCAGCGCGGAUCCAACGGUGGAACUGGAGAUACCCGCAACCGGCCCCACUGCAGCGGCCACCGGUCGCAGCUAACGGUUCUGAUUCAUUGACAAGAUGCUGCGUAGCCUCUACCGGGCAUCUAUCCCAAAGCAGUUUUUGAUGCCUCAAAAUAAAAAAACAAAAGAAACAACCUCAGUUGCGGCUUAGAUGCAAUACAAAAACCAAAAUACAAAAGAUUUCAUUAUUUUGCAAGUUUCGCACAAAUUGUUCUCCCAUACAUAAAUGUGUAAUGGAUAUAUCGCUCCCGAACUUACCUAAACGUUUAUAUUCUAUAUAUACAUACCUAUAUAUACUAGUACUUAUACAUGGAGUUGUAUAAAUGAUUUAGCAACAGCCAUUGUGUACAAUAACCAUUAUAUAUAAAUUUUGGCUAAAUUUGAAAUAAAUUUGAUUGUAAACCAAAUCGAUGCUUAG